AUGAUUUCCCAAAAGGAACAAACGAGAGUGGCAGAAAAAUGCUUAGAUUCACAAUUAUGGCAUGCUUGCGCUGGUAGCAUGGUUCAAAUGCCAGCAGUUAACACAAAAGUUUUCUACUUUCCCCAGGGUCAUGCAGAACAUGCUCAGGGGAGUGUAGAUUUUGGUCAUUUUCAGAUUCCUGCACUUAUCCCUUGUAAGGCAUCUGCUAUUAAGUACAUGGCAGAUCCUGACACUGAUGAGGUUUAUGCCAAAAUUAGUCUAAUCCCAUUGAGUAGUAGUGAUUUAAUGUUUAGCGAUGGCUGUGGUGAGGAUAGUGAUGAUAGGUUGCAUAAUGGGAUUGAGUCUCAAGAGAAGCCUGCUUCUUUUGCUAAAACAUUGACUCAAUCUGAUGCUAAUAAUGGUGGUGGGUUCUCUGUGCCGCGUUAUUGUGCUGAGACUAUAUUUCCAAGAUUGGAUUACACUGCUGAGCCUCCUGUGCAGACCAUUCUUGCUAAGGAUGUGCACGGAGAGAUUUGGAAGUUUAGGCAUAUUUAUAGAGGGACGCCUCGUCGCCAUUUGUUGACUACUGGAUGGAGUAAUUUUGUGAACCAAAAGAAGCUUGUGGCUGGGGACUCUAUUGUGUUUUUGAGAGCAGAGAAUGGGGACCUCUGUGUUGGAAUUAGACGUGCAAAGAGAGGGAUUGGUUGUGGAAAUGAAUGCUCAUCAGGGUGGAAUUCAUUUGGGGGCUAUUCUGGGUUUUUGAGGGAAGAUGAGGGUAAAUUGAUGAGGAGGAAUGGCAAUGGGGAUAUGAGGGGGAAAGUGAAGGCUGAGUCUGUUGUUCAAGCUGCAUCUCUUGCAGCCAAUGGGCAGCCUUUUGAAGUUGUCUAUUAUCCAAGAGCGAGUACUCCAGAAUUUUGUGUAAGGGCCUCAGCUGUGAGGAAUGCAAUGCAGAUUCAGUGGUGUCCAGGGAUGAGGUUCAAAAUGGCUUUUGAGACUGAGGAUUCGUCUCGGAUUAGCUGGUUCAUGGGAACUAUAUCUUCUGUUCAGGUUGCUGACCCCAUCCGCUGGCCAAAUUCUCCAUGGCGGCUUCUACAGGUAGCAUGGGAUGAGCCAGAUCUACUCCAGAAUGUGAAGCGUGUUAGCCCAUGGUUGGUUGAAUUGGUAUCAAACAUGCCAGCCAUUCAUCUCUCACCCUUCUCACCCCCAAGAAAGAAGUUGAGACUUCCACAACCCCCGGACUUUCCCUUACUUGGUCAAAUUCCAAUGCCGACAUUCACCGGCAACCCACUUAGGUCGAACAGUCCCUUAUGCUGUGUCUCAGAUAACGUUCCUGCAGGCAUACAGGGAGCCAGGCAUGCUCAAUUUGGACUAUCUUCAUCAGAUCUCCACUUCAACAAACUGCAGGCGGGACUGUUCCCAGUUGAUUUUCGUCAGCUUAAUCAUGUGUCCCCACCUUCUAGAAUCUCCAAUGGUAACUUCAUGAGCAAUACUCAAGACAGCGAGAACAUUUCUUGCUUGCUGACGAUGGGAAAUUCCUCACAGAAUUUAAAGGAAAGCAGUGAAACAAAGACACCUCGCAUUUUGUUGUUUGGUCAGCUUAUUGUCGCCGAUCAGCAGAGUUCCCAAAGCUGUUCGGGUGAUACAAAUGCAAACAGUUCAUCAGAUGGAAAUCUAGGGAAGGCAAAUUCUGAUGGUUCUGGUUCUGCAUCACAUCAGAAUGGUCUGCUGGAAAAUUCUUCAGAUGAGAGGUCUCCUUGGUACAAAGAUCGCCAAAAACCGAUCUUGGCCUGGAGACCGGUAUUCAUGGAAUCCGAGGAUGUGGGUCGAACCCUUGACCUAUCAGUCCUUGGUUCAUAUGAAGAGCUGCACAGAAAGUUGGCUAAUAUGUUUGGCAUUGAGAGUUCAGAGAUGCUGAGCAAUGUGCUCUACCGGAAUGCAGCUGGUGCCACCAAACACGCCGGAGAUGAGCCCUUUAGUGAGUUUUUGAAGACAGCAAGAAGGUUAACAAUUCUUUCAGAUGCAAGCAGCGACAAUUUAGGAAGAUAG